GCUUCUGAAAUAUUCAUCAUCGAAGCAACUAGAUAUGAAUAUUAGCUUAGUCAUGCAUGUAUGUGCAUCUAUGUAACCUAGUACUUUCAUGCAACAAGAAACGAGCAAGAUUAAAUGCUAUCAUCCUAGCUAAUGUCAAAUACAUUCAGAACUUUCAUACAUGAGCACCAUUUAAUUAGAACUAUGGCAAGCUGAAGUUUGAAGCUGGUAGUUUUUCACCAUUGUGCCUUCUCCCAUGGCUUUCAGGGCUGUGCAUGCAAAAUGGAGGAAUAUGACAAGGAUGGUGUUUGGUGUUUCUAUUCAGGUUCGGAGGAGGCCACUCUUUCAUGUCUUUCUUGCAUUCGUUCUACUUAUACUCGUCUCUGCCUCUUCUGGCCAAGUUUCCUGUCCUAAUGAUUGGAUUAUUCGUUCGAGAUACUGCUACAAACUCUACAAUGAAAGUUUGUCAUGGCAACUAGCAGGAUCACAGUGUAAAUUUGAUGGAGGUUUCUUGACUUCCAUAGUCAACAGACAGGAGAAUGACUUACUAGUAGGUAUGUUCAAAGAUCUGACAUCCUUAGCCUGGAUAGGAAUGGAUUCUACAGGACGAUGGUUGGAUGGAUCGAGUUCUGAAAAAUUCUACAACGGCUUUAGAUAUGAAACGCUUAGUACUAGCAAGUGCUCAGUAAUUGAUCUUGAAAGAAAUGGAAUAUGGAAUGUAUCAGAUUGUCUUGAUUCUAGACUCAAAUUCAUCUGCAAGAUAGAUAAAGAUCGCCCCGAUGAGACGCCAUCUCCUCCUCCGACGCCUCCUGUAGGUAAUUGGUGGGAGGAGUGGGGUGAUGAUGAUGAUUAUUCAUGGUAUCCACCAGGAGCACCUUGGGAUCCAGUAAGAAUCACGUUAUUAGUGGUCUCCCUCCUGAUCGUUUUCGGCAUCCUCCUGUUCGUAUGUUGUUUACCGAACAGAUGUGAACGUACAAGAACUUGCAUUUGCAAUUGUAUAUGCGACUCGCCGGGGCGAUUGUGGGACUGUAUACGCCGUGGACCUGCACAGAUAUACGAGUGGUUGUGUGUUUUAGGUCGAGCUAUCCAGUCAUGCUUUGCCCAUAUUUACCGAUGUGUAACCUGUAGAGAACUGCGCAGAAAACGACGCGAGAGGAGGGAAAGGACAUCAUGUCGUGAACCUGAAACGCGAGAACCUCUUAAUCGGGCUCCAGAUGCCCGCGGCCGUACUGAUCCAAAUCGGCAUUCAAGGGCUACUCCGUCAGCGCCAUCUGAGCCACCAGCACGAGCCGGUAACGUAAACUCUGAUCGAUCGUUACCGAUGCAUUCGCGUAUUACACCAACAGCGCCCCCACCGUCACCGCCGCGUGGAGACAGAGCAGCGCCGCCAUGCUAUGACAAAGCUUUCGAUUCAAAAUUUGACAUUCGACCAACCGACAACGCAGAUGAGUCUAUACCAGUACCAUCCUAUGAGUCGGUAUCGAGAUUAUGAUAGGCAGUUAAAAUUUAGUUGUCACGUCAUCAUGGUGGUCAUGCAUGAAUAUUCAGUCAUAGAAUCAAAUAAGACGUAAGCCUAGUGGUUUUGUAUUAUGCGAGACAAGAUGUGUCGUAAAGUUGAAGGUUUUAUGUAGGUUUCCAAUGAAACAUAGUCAUAGACCAGACUCUAUACAUUCAAAUUCAAAUUCAAAUUCAUUUAUUUCACUUCCAUCAAACAAAAACAAAUUGUAUACCAUAUAUAAAACAUAAAUAUUUGUAUCCGUUGCAAACAAAAUUAAUUAUACAUAUGUAGUGAAAAAAAAAAACACUUAGACGAUUUGGGCAACACAUUGUAGGUUUUAAAUAUAUAUACUAUUUUUCAAUAGAAAUUAAAUUAAGAUGGAAAUGGAGGGACCCACUAAAAAGCAAUGCUUGUACAAUGUGGGCCCCUCAAGAAAUAGAUAACACAACAAAUAACAAAAUAACAAAGUAUAAAUACAGAUAAUCAAAUGAGAAAAGAAUGAAUAAAUGAGAGGGAAAUACUCAC